GUGGCGACUGCCACGUUGAAAACAACUAAAUAUUUUUCUUGGAGUAUUAUCCUGCGUCAAUUCAUAACGAAAAUUUGUUUUUUUGACAACUUUUGAAGAUGAGAGUCAAGGAGAUAGAUAGGACAGCCAAUAUGGCAUGGUCCCCUGAGAAUAAAUAUCCAAUUUAUGUAGCAACAGGAACGGCUGCCCAACAACUUGAUGCAACUUUCAGCACUACAUCAGCCAUUGAGCUGUACAGUUUAAACCUUGAUGAGGCAACUCUUGAUAUGCCAUUAGUUUCUUCUGUGGCUUCAGACGUGAGGUUUCAUAAAAUAGUUUGGGGCCCGCUGAAAGAUACUGAAAGUGGUGUCAUCAUAGGCGGUGGAGAAAAUGGGAGUAUCCAUGUUUACAGUGCUGACAAGUUGUUGGCUGGCUCUAGUAACAGUUUGAGCACCCAGUUAACUCGGCACACAGGAGCUGUCAAGGCUCUUGAUUUAAACCCAUUUCAGUCAAAUUUACUUGCAUCUGGUGCUGGCGACUCAGAAAUUUUUAUUUGGGAUCUCUUGAAAACAGACAGUCCAAUGACACCUGGUCAGAAAUCACAGCCAGCAGAAGAGUUAGCCUGUGUUGCAUGGAACUGUCAGGUGCAGCAUAUAUUAGGAUCCACUUUUGCAUCUAAAUGUGUUGUAUGGGACCUCAGGAAGAAUGAGCCUAUAAUUAAAAUUAGCGAUAGUAUGUCUAGAAUUAAGGCCAAGUUGAUUGCCUGGCACCCUGAGAUUGCCACACAGUUGUGUCUAUCUUCUGAAGAUGAUCACACUCCAGUCAUUCAAGUGUGGGAUUUAAGAUAUGCUACAUCACCAUUAAAAGUUUUAGAGAGCCACCAAAAGGGUGUUUUGUCAAUGUCUUGGUGUAAGAGAGAUCCAGAUCUGUUACUGAGUUGUGGCAGGGAUAAUAGGAUUCUCUGCUGGAAUCCCAAUUCUAAUGUACCUAAUGGGGAGGUUGUUUAUGAUCUCUCAACAAACAACCAGUGGUGUUUUGAUAUUCAGUGGUGUACCAGGAAUCCGUCCAUUAUUUCCAGUGCAUCUUUUGAUGGUCAUAUCACUCUGUACUCACUUAUGGGUGGUGGACACCCUGUCCAGCCUAGCAAUAAAGUAGCCGAGUCAUUUGGUGGUGCACAGUUUGGUGCUGCACCUGUUCAGCUACCCCAUGAGGAGGAAAAGACACUUCCUCUACAAAAGCCACCCAAGUGGAUUAGGAAGCCAGUGGGUGCCACAUUUGCUUUUGGAGGAAAACUGGUGAAUUUCAUCCUUGAGAAAUCAGCCAACCCUCAGCAACCAGCUCCACGUGUUGUAACCAUCAGCCAAGUGGUUACUGAGACUGAACUGGUUGUCAGGUCUAACCAGCUGGAGCAAGCUCUCGGUGGGGGGAAAUUUGCUGAGUUUUGUGCUAUGAAGGCAGCUAAUAGUAACGAAUCUACACAAGAGAAUUUUUGGAAUUUUAUGAGGGUAAAUUUUGAAAAAGAGCCAAGAACAAAAUUUUUAGAACUUUUAGGAUAUGAUCAGAAUGAGUUAGCACGCAAGGUGGUUGAACACACUGGAAUUGAAGUACCUGCUAUUUCAACACGAGGAGUAGAUGCAGAAGAACUGGCACAGAAAAUGUCUUUGCUUAACACUGGAAGCAUAAUGAAAGCUGACCGUCUUAUUUCUAGUGGUCAAGCUUCUCCUAAUGUUGGCUCCAAGACACCAGUUGAUCCAUUGAAUGAUUAUGACGGGUCAGCAGCAUUUGAUGAGAUAGCAGAGUCUCAGUCCAAGACAUCUGGUACAGAAACACCACUUGUUAUACCCAGAGAUAAUGCUGAUGGACUGAUGACCCAGGCUCUACUUACUGGCAACUUUGAAGCUGCUGUGGAAAUGUGUCUUAGUGAAAACAAAAUGGCUGAAGCUAUAUUACUAGCUAUAGCUGGUGGUCCAGAUUUACUUGUCAGGACUCAGAAGAAAUAUUUCCAGAGAAACAAAUCUACAUUAGGAAGGCUGAUCUCAUCUGUAGUGACCCAUGACUGGGGCCACAUUGUUGACACUUGUGAUUUAGAUAACUGGAAGGAGGCUCUGGCUGUUAUUUUAACCUAUGCUUUACCUGAGGAGUUUUCACCUUUGUGUGAUACAUUGGCUAACAGGCUUGAGACUGAGAGAGAUGGUGAGCUGUCAUUGUAUGCUAGUCUCUGCUACAUUUGUUCUGGAAAUGUGGAGAAACUUGUAGAGAACUGGGUGAAAAACACAGAGGAUGCUAAUCAACCAUUAGCACUGCAGGAUUUGGUAGAGAAGAUUAUGGUCCUAAGGAAAGCUGUUGAACUCUCCAGAGGGGAUGCUCCAAGUGUGUCUGGUGGAGCAUUGGCUGAUAAGCUGAGCCAGUAUGCAAGUUUAUUAGCAGCUCAAGGAAAUAUGGCCACUGCUCUGACAUAUCUCAGUAAUACAUCUGAUGUGAACCUGGCCAUUUUGCAAGAUCGCCUGUUACGAGCUCUUGGACAAAACCCAGCCUCACACGGGAUAGCCUCACCUUUCCAACAGUACAACGUCUUACCCACUGCUCAGCAGACAGCUGGCCCCAAGAUGACACCUGCGGCUGAUCACCAUGGAAGUCAACGUGGACACCAGUCAAUGGCGGGACAGGGCGGCUCACAGACAACGUCCACAUCCACUGCCAAUUACUACAGCCAGGCCCAGUACUACUCACAUGUUCCUUCUGCCAUUAACAGCCAGGUGCCUAGUUAUGCACCACAGCCUACUAGUUCUGUUGCUCCAUCUGGCCCUGCUCACAAAGGUCCAAAGUAUCCCCAGUAUCCUUCCUCAGUGCCAACCUUUGAUCCUUACUCAAAUCAAAGCUUCAUGCAGCCUAAUUAUAACCAACCAAAAGCUUUUGAUAACCCACAAAAUAUGUACAGCCCAAACACCUUUUCACCAGCAUCAAACCAGCAGAGCAACUUCUUCACCCCAGUCAGCACGGCCGGGCCCUCCCCAUCAGGCUACAACCCAGCCCCUGUGCCACAGAUCCCACAGCAACCUGCCAUGUAUUCUUAUCAAGACAAAGCUGCUGAAACUGCUUGGAAUGAUCCACCCAUUGUACAGGAGAAAGCUAGCAAACCAUCUCAUGCUUUUAACCAGCCCAACUUGAACCUGUUCACCCCACAACCAGCAGACCAUGGCCCACCUGGUGCACCUAGUUAUCCUGGCUUGUACAACCCUGCAGAGCACCAGCACAUCCAUCAGCCACAAAACACCAUGCCAUUUAGUGGUUAUAAUCCAACCAAUCCAGCACCUCCAGGAAAUACCCGCCCUCAGACACAGAUUCCUGCUGCUCCUGUAGAGGCACCUGCUCCAGUACAACGGGGUCCAAUUCCAGCAGAGCAUCAAGUAUUACAAGAUAUCUUUGAUAAGCUUGUUAAGAGCUGUGCACAAGUGGCACCCAAUGCUCAAAUGAAACGCAAGCUGGAAGAUGUAAUGAGAAAAUUAGAAAUUUUGUACGAUAAACUUAGAGAAAAUAUGCUCUCUCAGACCGCCCUGCUUGGUCUGCAUCAGAUAGUUCAAGCCAUUCAGCAGUAUGACUACAACAGUGGUCUGAAUGUUUACACUGGCAUGGUCUCACAUGGGAACUUCUCAGAAAUCUCCAACUUCAUGCCAGCCCUCAAGGUUUUAAUACAGUCUGCCAUGCAGUUGCAGGUUUAUGUGCAAUAGACAAUGCUAAUGGAUACUAUUUAUUAUAUCCCUUUCUGCCAAUGGUUUGUGGUAGGGAAGUUAUAACCACACAAAAAGUUUGACUUUCAGCCAUUAUGUCCCUUAUAUAGGUUAUUGAUACAAAAACAAUGUGUUUAGUUCUGGAAAACCACUAGGACACAUAAUUUUAAUAACAAAACUUGCUAAGCUAUAUAGUGCUAAAAAAAAAUUAAAAGUGAAUUUUUUUUUUUAAAAGUGUACUAAGUUCUAAAGUGGCUGACUAAGUAUUAAAAACUCAAUUGUAUUAUUUUCAGCUGUAGAACAUGUAACAUUUUAUCAGCUAUGUGACUGUGAUCAACUCAUUUGAUCAAUUGCUUUUAUAAUAGGUCUACCAUGUUGCUACUAAAACUAUCAAGUUAUUCAAUUAAUGUAGAGUAUAGUUGGCUAUUUAUAAAUUGUUUUCAAAUAUGUUUCUUGUACAUAUUAUAUUGUAGAUAUUUGUCUUUUAACUGGCAUGCUUCAUCAUUUUGCUUUAAAUUUUUUAUGUUCAAAAAUUUGAGAUACAAAAGUAUGUAUUAAGUUAUGUCAAUCUUUUUUGAAUAUAUUCAGUUUUAAAACCUGUAUUCUAGAAUCAUGACAUAUUUUUAUUUUUGUAAGCGAAAAGGCAUGAUUUUCAUUUCUUACUAGCUUUAAAUAAUUUAAAGAUAGUUUUCUGUAUUUAAAUUAUUCCUUUUUGAGAUGUUGAAAGUGCAUGUGUGUUUCAUAACAGUCUUGGUUACAUGUUUCUCAAUUUAAACUUUAGCCUUUUUUUUGUGUUGUUAUAAAAACUUAAAUUACAGUCGACAGUAAUUCAAAGUAAAUUUGUGUGCCAUUGUUGUCUUUUUGGUUGCGGAGUCUUUUAAUGGGGUUUUGUUUAUAGAAUAAAGUUUUGUGUAUAUUAUUUGUUUCAAAAUUAACAUGAAAUUUUUUUUUAUUAAAUAAGGACAGAUGUAACUAAUUCAAAACUAUACAGUCUAUGAGUUCAAUAUUCUAAUUUUCAAUUCAUCAAUAUUUAAAUUGUAUGCUCAUAUUAUAAACAGUUGUGUAGUAAAUCACCUUUCAAAUGACUGAUUCUUAAGAAUCUUACAGUUGUGUAAUUUAUGGAUUCCAACUUACGAGAAAACAGAGAUAGUUCUUAAAAAUCACAAAUUUAUUCUAGUCAUAGGUAAAUUUAUGUAAUUACUUUAUUUGUGUUUAGUUAUAAUAGCAUGGAAGUUUUCAUUAUAUGAAUGUUGUAUAAUGAAGCAGGUAAUGCAGUCUGAAAAUGAUUUUUCUUUAAACAUUCAGUGAUUUCAUCAAUUGAAUGUACAUGUCCUAUUGAUCACAUUUAUUAUGAAAAACAAAGCUCCCAAAUUUUUAAAAAACUUGGAUAACUGCUGUUACUUUGAAAGCUUUUGACUUGAUGUCAACUGUUGGUUUUGGGAGUCGUCUCCAAUUUCAUGUCUGAUGAUUCAAACAAGAAGUGGCUGAUUAAAUUUCACUUCAUUUU